AUGGAAGCCCUCAAAUUACAGAAAAAGUUUCCCGAGGUCUCUCGAGAUGAGAUGUAUGACCUUGUCAACCGCUUCAAUGCACUCCAUACGGAUACCCCUGGACGGGUAGACAAGAGCGCGGUGCUGCAUGCGUUGCAAUCGAGUGGACAGUCAUACGAUGUUGCGCGCGAAACUCUGAAGCAUGUAAGCGUCGAUGCCAGUGGGAAGGUGGAAUUGGACGACUGGGUUGAGUUGAAUGUCAAACUACGGUCGCAGCAGAAAGCUGCUAUUACCACAAAGGCCGGAAAAGUAACAGUUCAAGGAUCCAAUGCCAACGUCAGUCAUACUAUCAACGAGGAUGAGCGUGCGGAGUUCACGAAUCACAUCAAUCUUGUCAUCGAAAAUGAUCCAGACAUUGGAGAUAGAUAUCCCAUUCCUACAGACACGAUGCAACUUUUCGAUGAAUGCAAGGACGGUCUGAUCCUCUGUAAACUCCUCAAUGAUUCCGUGCCCGACACAAUCGAUACGCGUGUCCUCAACAAGCCAACCCCACGAAAGCCGCUUAACGCAUUCCAGAUCACAGAAAACAACAAUAUCGUCAUCACUUCUGCGAAGGGUAUCGGCUGUUCCGUCGUUAACAUUGGAUCAUCAGAUAUAUCAGAGGGCCGCGAACAUCUUAUUCUUGGUCUCAUUUGGCAGAUCAUCCGUCGCGGAUUGCUUGCCCAGGUCGACAUCAAACUUCAUCCCGAACUUUACCGAUUGUGCGAAGACGGAGAGACCAUCGAUGAUCUUUUGCGCCUCACCCCGGAUCAGAUUCUUCUUCGCUGGUUCAACUACCACUUGAAAGCAGCCGGGUGGAAUCGCAGGGUGAACAACUUCAGCCGCGAUGUCUCAGACGGAGAGAACUACACAGUGCUUCUCAACCAGCUGAAGCCGGAUCAGUGCUCUCGUGCCCCACUACAGACUCGUGAUCUCCGCACGCGCGCAGAACAAGUUCUGCAAAAUGCCGACAAAAUUGGAUGCAGAAAGUACUUGACACCAUCAUCGCUUGUGUCGGGUAAUCCUCGUCUAAAUCUUGCUUUUGUUGCCAAUCUCUUCAACACACAUCCUGGCCUUGAACCAUUGGAUGAGCAAGAAGCUAAGGAUUACGGUCAGGUGGAGGAUUUCGAUGCGGAAGGAGAGCGCGAAGCGCGUGUGUUCACCCUUUGGCUGAACUCGCUUGGUGUAGAGCCUGGGGUUUUCAACCUAUUUGAAAACUUGAAGGACGGGUUGAUCAUUUUGCAAGCAUUUGACAAAAUACUCCCGGGAAGUGUGAUCUGGAGACGCGUUUCCAAGCCAAAGGAGGGUGCACCUGCGCCGCACAUUAGCGCAGGAGGAGAGGACGAUGAGGACGCAGCUGAUAUUGGUGUCACUCCUAACCAGAGCACGCUGUCGAGAUUUAAAAUGGUUGAGAACACCAACUACGUUGUGGACCUCGGAAAGCAAAAUGGUUUGCAUCUGGUGGGCAUUCAAGGAGCAGAUAUCGUCGACGGUCAGAAGAAGCUUGUUUUAGGACUCGUCUGGCAGCUUAUGCGAAUGAAUAUUACGAAGACCUUGUCUUCGCUUUCUAAGACUGGUCGACCCCUUACAGACCAGGAUAUCCUUAAGUGGGCUAACACCACCGCACAGAAAGCGAAGCCUAGCGUGCGGCCCAUUCGCUCGUUCAAGGACCCAUCUAUAUCCACUGGACUUUUCUUCUUGGAUUUACUGGAUGCCAUUAGGCCAGGUAUCGUGGAUCCCAACCUGGUCAUCAGCGUAGCCGAGGACGGAGAUUAUGAGGAGAGGAGGCAGAACGCCAAACUUGCUAUUUCAAUUGCAAGGAAGAUGAACGCCUUGAUCUUCUUGGUUCCGGAGGAUAUUGUAGAUGUUCGCCCUCGACUGCUCCUCACGUUUGUUGGAAGCUUAAUGAGCAUCGCUUGA